CACUGUCAUGGCGGCCCACGGAGUAAGUUUCCAGAGCGUAAGCUCCAUCGACGAAGAGAAAGAAAGGAAACGACAGGCUCGUAAAGAGGCAAUUGAAAAGGCCAAACAACAGUUUGAACGAGAGGAAAGGAGGAAGGAGCUGAAGAGGCAGCGAGGGGAGGACACGUGGAUGCUUCCUGAGGUCGACCAGAGAUUGCAGCAGUUAGCAGAUGAUGGAUCACUGAAGAGCAAGAAGAAGAAAGAGAAGAAAUCCAAAAAGAAAAAAGAGAAGAAAAAGAAGGCCAAAAAGGAGAAAAAAGACACUCCUGACGAUGAUGGAUCCAGCGGUAGCUCGGCGGACUCAGAGACAGAGUGGGUUGAAGCUAAGCCAGAAGCACUGGCAGUUAAACCAUGGCAAGUUUCUGAUGAGACAAAACCUGCAGAGACAGACUCGAGUCAGAAUCAGACCUCUCAGAGGGAUGAAUGGAUGACUUUUGACUUUUUGGCCAUGAAAACCACAUCAACAGCUGACAGAAGAGCUGAGAAAGAGCGAAAGAAAGAGGAGGAGAGAGCCAAGGCUCAGGCCAUUGAGCAGGCUGGUCUGCACAAACUGGAGCUAAAUCCUUAUUGGAAAGAUGGAGGAACAGGUCUCCCACCAGAGCAGGACGCUGGUGCAGCAGUAAAGAAAGCAAGUACAGUGGUGAAUGAUGGUGGUCUGAGUUGGCUGCGCAAAAGCUAUCAGAGAAUGAAGGAGCAGGCUGAGAGGGAGCAGCGCAGCCUCAACGACAUUGUGGCGGAGAGAUAUGGAUCGAUGGAGACAUUUCAGCAGAGAAUGGCUGAGGCUGAAGAAGCUCUGUAUGGACAGAAAAGAGGACGAGACGACAGAGAUGGCUGGAGAAAGGGCAGGGAAGAAACUAGAGAGAGGUGGCGGAGAAGAGAGGAAGACGGUGAUAGGCAGAGGAGAAAUGACAGGGAUCAUUCACCUUCAGAUCGCGACAGACACUCGGGCAGCUUCCGAGACAAUGAGGGGCGUAGAGACAAGGAACGCAGCAAUCGAGAAAGGGACUCAAACAGGGAUAGAGAAAGAAAUGGUGAUUCCGAGAAGGACAGAAGUGGAAAUGAAGAAAGAUAUAGGGGUCGUGACAGGGAUGGAUAUCGAGAUCAAGACAAACAAAGGUCAAAUAUGUCAUCAUCUUCCUCCUCAAGUGGAAAAUAUGUUGAUCAACGUCCCCUCUCUCUGGGGUCACUGAAAGGUCGUUUCCUCAAACCAUCAGAAAAUGACGACAGUCAUUCAGGUCCAUCAAGACAUCCAUCAAGUGCCCAGCGAUCUGCUGCCUUCAUGAAACCAAGCUCUGAUGAUGAGGAUGCAGCUGCUCGUGCCACCAACCCAUCUGCCUGGAAGAAGAGCGCUAAUCCUGCUGACAAACCUGAGGCCAAACCUGUCACUAGGACCACACUCACUGAUCCUGACGAUGGAUCUGGUGACAAAGCUGCUGUGGAAGCCUCAAGUGAAAGCAGUAGUGAGGAGGAAGAACUUCCUUUGCUGUCAGAAGAGGAAAUGAACAAACUGGGUGCUAAACUGGUCAAGGCCGAGAUCAUGGGGAACACGGCCAUGGUGGCGAAGCUGAAAGCUCAGUUGGAUGCAGCUCAUAAAGCCAAAGAAAGUCACGCUGCCCGAAUGAAGCUUCACGAAGCCAAAAAACCAAACCAGGCUGCUGGUCGCUCGAAAGAAGAGCAGGAGCUUGUUCUGUUCCGAACCGAUCAUUCUGGUCGAGCCUGGCCGGUCAAUGCCCCGUCUGAACACCAAGAGCCACAUAGAGGGCGCCGCAAGAAAACAAAGAUUGAGACGCAUGUGGAUGGGGAGCGUGUGAGGUACUUCCAAGAUGACGAUAGCAUAGGUCUGCAGGAGAUGGUCCGGCGGGAGAAGAUGAGCUCCGCUCAGGAUCAGAAUGCCCUCUACUCUCGGAUGGCAGCCAAGAUGAUGGGGAAGACGGACGGCGACAACUACACUCUGGAUGAUAUGUUUGUGUCGAGUGCUGCACAGAAAGAGGGUGAAGGGAGGGAUGAAGAGAGGAUGAGGAACAGAGCCAUCGGGGAGAGCAGGAUGCUGGCUGCCUCCAUGGACAAAUGUCGACACUGCUUCAGUAGCCCGGAGCUCCCGAAGCACCUGAUCAUUGCCGUCGGUAGUAAGGUCUACCUGAGCCUCCCGGCAGGACUCUCCCUGACUGAGGGCCACUGUCUCAUCUGUCCACUGCAGCAUCACUGCUCCGCUACUGGACUGGACGAGGACAUCUGGGACGAGUUGCAGGUGUUCCGGCGCAGUUUGGUGCGGAUGUUUGAGUCCCAGGAGCUGGACUGUGUCUUCUUGGAAACCAACAUGAACCUGCAUCGACGGCAACAUAUGGUUGUGGAGUGUAUUCCUUUGCCCCGGGAACUCGGUGAUAUGGCCCCCAUAUAUUUUAAGAAAGCCAUCAUGGAGUGCGAUGAGGAGUGGGCCAUGAACAAGAAGGUGGUGGACCUCUCAUCGAAAGACAUCCGGAAAGCUGUUCCUCGCGGUCUGCCCUACUUUGCUGUGGACUUCGGACUCCAGGGAGGCUUCGCUCAUGUGAUUGAAAAUGAACAGAAAUUCCCCCAUUACUUUGGCAAGGAAGUGGUCGGAGGCAUGAUGGACUUGGAGCCACGACGGUGGAGAAAGCUGAUCAGGGAGAACUUUGACGACCAGAGGAAAAAGGUGCUGCAGUUUGCGCAGUGGUGGAAGCCGCACGACUGCACCAAGACUGGAAAUUGAACACUCAUGUCAGGACUUAUACAAGUGGAUCACACAGUCACAUUAUCGUGAUGUUUUUGCGAAUUGUUUAGCAUCAUGAGAACAUUUGUGGAGAGCUAUUAAAAUGAUAUUUUGUUUUAUAUUACCAUUGCUGUUGCUUUUCACUCUCUCACAUCCACGUGAUUCAUUAGUAUUCUUCUCCCUUUUUGCGAUAUUGAUUUAUUCUCCGUCCGACGAUUAAAUCUCAAACUUUAUUGAGGGUCAAAUUACUCAAUACCCGCCUUCACUCUGCGGCACAGGCGUU